AUGAAGCCUUUCAGAGUGAGAAUGACCGACGAGAUGAUAAAGACCUAUGGAAUGGAUAAAUAAAUGGAUAGAAUGUUUGUGGAACCAGAGUAUAUAGAAAGUGUGGACUUUUCAGUAUUCCACUCAGAUGAUUAUGUGGAUGUACUCAAGAAUCUCACUCUUGAAAACAAAGAUCUCUAUGCUGACUAAAUUAAUAGAUUUAACUUCGGAGAGGACUGUCCUAUCUUUGAUGGAAUGUUCGAUUAUUGCUAGAUCUAUACAGCUGGUAGUUUGAGAGGAGCCACAUGGCUGGCUUAAGGAUUAUCAGACAUUGCCAUCAACUGGUCUGGUGGACUUCAUCAUGCUAAAAAGAUGGAAGCCUCAGGAUUUUGCUAUGUAAAUGACUGUGUGAUGGGGAUUCUCGAGCUAUUGAAAACUUAUGAGAGAGUUCUCUAUAUAGAUAUUGAUUGCCAUCACGGAGAUGGAGUUGAGGAAGCUUUCUUUACAACAAAUAGAGUUAUGACUGCUUCAUUUCAUAAGUUUGGAGACUAUUUCCCAGGAACAGGUGCUAUUGAUGACAUUGGAGCUGGUCCUGGAAAGUAUUACUCAGUAAAUUUUCCAUUGAGUGAGGGUGUUGAUGAUUUUACCUUUGAGUAAGCUUUCAAGCCUGUAAUGAAGGAAAUCAUGAAUAGAUUCAAGCCUGAUUCAAUUGUGCUUCAAUGUGGCACAGACUCACUCUCUGGAGAUAGACUAGGCCUCUUUAAUCUCUCAGUAAAAGGGCAUGCUGAUUGUGUUAAGUAUAUGAGAACCUUUGGAGUACCGAUACUAUUGAUCGGAGGGGGAGGAUAUUCCCUGAGGAAUGUAGCAAGAUGCUGGACUUUUGAAACCUCAGUUGCUUUAGGCAUUGAAAUAGAAAAUGAGAUACCCCCUCAUGAAUACUCACCCUAUUUUGGACCUGAUUAUAGGAUACACCUACCAGUUAGCAACAUGGAAAAUAAUAAUUCUCGGGAAUAAGUAGAAAGGACUACUCAGCAGAUCCUAUAAAACCUUAAGAAUAUCACUGCAGUGAAUGUUGAUCAUUCAAACUAUCGAAACUAGGGAGCCUAUCCGAUUAAUCAUCUUGCUUACGACGAUAAAGAAAAUAAGUAAGCUAUGGAAGAUAAGAAUAAAGAUGUUACAAUGGAUCAAGAAUGA